UCUUGCAACAAUAUAAUUUUGAAUUCACGCGAUAUAUUUAUUCCAGUCAUGAAUUCGCUGUGGAGGGUGCUCAUCCUACUUCCCCUGGCAAACUGUGCCCUAGAUAGCAGAGGGACACACUUCCUCAUUGCCUUCCUAGAUAACUUCACUAAGCGUCAAGAUAUCAGUCCUGAGAUCUUCAUCACCACGGCUAGCAACACACCGGUUCAUGUCCACGUGACCUCACCCGGUACUUCUAAUCCUCAUGUCAAUCAAAGUUUUGUGGUUAGCCGUGGAAUAGUACAUCAACUAACGGUCAGCCCUGACUUCCGGUUAAAUCACACUGAGAUGUCUCACAAGGCUAUAGAGAUAACAGCCAAUAAGGACAUAGUUGUGUACGGGGUUAACAGAGAAGUUCAUUCGGAUGAUGGAUAUCUUGCUCUGCCUACUGACGUCCUAGGGUCAGAAUAUUACACCAUAUCUUAUGCUCCAUCAUAUCAUUAUUGUGUCUUUGCCGUUAUUGCUACAGAAAACAACACUCAUGUCGCAAUAAAACUUCCAAGUCACAGAAAUGUCAGUGUUUCUUACAGACAUCACACUUAUCACAGAAACCAGUGGAUUAAUGUCACCAUGAAUAGAUAUGAUACCUUUCAGAUUAGUUCUGUUGGAGAUCUCACCGGAAGUCACGUCAUUUCUGAUUAUCCCGUAGGUGUCAUCAGCGGGAAUAAAAAAACAAUUGUUGGCAAUACUGGAAAUUCGCGUGACCACUUGACUGAGAUGUUACUACCCAUUCGAGCUUGGGGCAAAAACUUUGUCACUGUACCAAUUCCUGAAAGAAACGUGGGAGAUAUUUUCCGGUUCGUAGCCAGUCAAGACAACACUGAAGUCAAUAUCACUGGUAAAAUCAACGGCACCCUUUUCUCUGAACAUUUUAUUAUCCGCCAUGCUGGAAGUCACGCACAGAAGAUGUACAGUUCGUUUCUGUAUUCCCACGUGGUCGCCAGUAAACCAAUUGCCUUGUACGAGUUUUCAGUGACCCAGAACAGACACGAAAACUCCGACCCUUCCCUGAUCACUGUCCCACCCAUUGAACAAUACGCGACAGACUAUACCUUCACUACUCCCAAAUAUUCCUUAGGACAGUAUCAAAACUACUUCAUGUUUGUCACUGACGCCAAACACAAAGGUGGUCUACUACUUGACGGACAUCGAUUACCCCACGAACAGAAAUACGUACACAUUCCUGGAACCCAUCUGGUGGGAGGGUACAUCAGUAUUGCUGAAGGGACUCAUACCGUUAGCCACAGUAACCCUAGUACCACGAUAGGGGCAAUCCUAUUCGGCAAAGCCAAUCGGGAAUCUUAUGGAUUUCCCAUCGGAUUAUUAAUGGCACCUAUUAAUUCUGGAUGUCGAACCCAUGCGAUGACGAUAGGGGAUGAAAUUGACAAUGACUGUGAUGGAGAGGUAGAUGAAGAGCACUGCGACGGGAAAGAUAGCGACGGCGACGGGAGGAUAGAUGAAGACUGCAUGGGCGAAGAAAUUACUAGUAGUCUGGUUGGAUGAAGAGGAAAUUUUAUACAGCUGCUAUAUAAUACAGUUAAAAUUGACAAUAAUUGUAAUAUUUUGUUUAGAAAUGUCAUGAACGUAUGACCCGUAUUAUAUUUGAGAAUAUGAAAAUAAAUCAUUAUCGGAUUGA